AUGUUAUCUUUUGGAAAUUCGUCGAAUUUCACGUCCGAAUGCAGUGGAUUCACAGGUGAAUAUUACUCGACCAACCCACAAGUUGACAAAUAUUYCGAACUCUUGGUGUUCAACAUUGUUGUUAACGCUAUAACUGCAGUACCGGCUGUUUGUGGUAAUGCAGUCGUCUUAACAGGGAUUCUUAUAACACCAAGCUUACGGAGAACACCUUCUUACUGGCUGAUAGGCAGUCAAGUCUGUACAGAUCUUGCAUUAGGGCUUACUCAGCCUUUGAUAUCCGCUCUCUUUGCGGCAGAGAUCACCAAUGACGUCCAUGUUCGCACCAAGUGUACGUUAGCAGAAGCUAUUUUAUUCAUUUGCUUUUUCAUUUUGUCUGCUACAGGACUUGGUCUUAGUGCCCUUAGUAUUGACAGGCUUUUAGCCAUUCGUUUGAAAACGAUGUACAAAGUUACUGUUACUAAGAAACGCGUUGCGAUAACUAUUGCUGGGCWGUGGGUAUUUUCAUUAACUUUAGCRAUCAUUGCAUAUCAAGUGGACAACCCGAAAGUCAUUGCCAUGAUGUUUUUGCUUUUUGCAUCCAGUUGUGCUAUAAUAACAACAAUUUGCUACGGUGGUUCGAUCAAAGCUCUCAAAAUCCACAUGAAAGAAGUCAGUCCCUCGCGAGGAACCUCACAAACCAAUUCAGCUGCGAUUGAUGCUAAUAAAUACAAGAAAACACUUUGGACGAUGAUCAUCAUUCAGAUUGUACUAGUUUUCUUUGCAAUCCCAAUGUGUGCGUCAUGGAUAUAUAUGUACUUCGAGGGCAUUAAAGUAGAUAGCUUGAUUCUAUUGUUCACAUCGACGACUUUUCUCAAUCUCAAUUCGAGCAUUAACCCUUUUAUUUAUAGUAGGAUGRGCGAUAUCCGAAGUGCGUCCAAAAAUGCACUUAGAAAAGUUUUGCUGUUUUUUACYCGUGGACAUGAGUAA